AAAAAAACAAAAAAAAAAACAAAAAAAAAAAAACAAAAAACAAAAAAACCCCUCUAUCCAUUUAAAAAUAAAAAUACCAAAAAUAAUAAUACCAAAAAAAAAAAAAAAACUCCGGGAUAGCCAUGGAUGGAGCUAGCACAAUGCUAUUGGUUUUUCUACUCUGUCUCUCCCGUGUGGGAGCUGAGGACCCUUAUCUGUACUACACUUGGAAGGUGACCUAUGGCACCAUUUCACCAAUGGGUGUCCCUCAACAGGGCAUCCUUAUCAAUGGCGAGUUCCCAGGUCCUAGGAUCAAUGGCACUUCCAACAACAACGUUCUUGUUAAUGUUUUCAACGAGAUAGACGAGCCGUUGCUCUUCACUUGGGGUGGCAUUCAACAACGGAAGAAUUCUUGGGUGGAUGGUACUCCUGGGACCAUGUGCCCUAUCAUGCCUGGCACCAAUUUUACCUAUAAGUUCCAAGUGAAGGACCAGAUUGGAAGUUACUUUUAUUUCCCGACCCUUGGUUUACAACGUGCAGUAGGUGGAUACGGCCCCAUCAAUGUCCACAGCCGUGAGCUCAUCCCUGUCCCAUUCGACAGACCGGCUGAUGAGUUCAAUGUUUUCUUGAGUGAUUGGUAUAACAAAGGGCAUAAGACAUUGAAGAAAAUUCUUGAUAGUGGUGGGAGUAUUACUAGACCUGAUGGGCUAGUGAUCAAUGGGAAGCAUGGGAAGGUUGGAGACAAAAUGGAACCACUUUUCAAAAUGGAAGCCGGUAAGACUUAUAGGUAUCGGGUUUGCAAUUUGGGGUUGAGAACUUCGGUGAAUUUCAGGUUUCAAGGACACAAUAUGGUAGUGGUUGAGGUGGAGGGCUCACACACGGUCCAAAAUGACUACGAUUCCCUUGACCUCCAUGUCGGCCAGUGUCUCUCGGUUCUCGUGACGGCUGACCAGGAGCCUAAGGACUACUACUUGGUCGCCAGUAGCAGAUUCUUCAAGCAAGAAUACUUAACUGUAGCUAUUAUUCGCUACACUAAUGGCAACGGGAUUGCCCCAUCCCCGGAGCUUCCACCACCCCCGCCAGUCAGCACCGAGGGCAUCGCCUGGUCUAUCAACCAGUUCCGGUCGUUUAGGUGGAACCUCACUGCUAGUGCCGCCCGCCCCAACCCGCAAGGAUCCUACCAUUAUGGCCAAAUCAACAUCACUCGCACCUUAAAACUCGUAAGCUCCAAGAGCACAGAGGGUGGCAAGCUUCGAUACGCAAUCAACGGUAUCUCCCACAUCGACUCAGACACCCCAUUAAAGCUCGCCGAGUACUAUCAAAUCCCCGAGAAGGUAUUCAAGUACAACAUUAUGGGUGACAACCCUCCAGACAAUUUGGAAAAGGUGACUGUAGCACCCAAUGUCGUCAACGCCACAUUUCGCAACUUCAUCGAGAUCAUAUUCGAAAACCAUGAAAAGACCAUCCAAACCUACCACCUCGACGGCCACUCCUUCUUUGCAGUGGGAAUUGAGGCAGGGAAAUGGAGCCCAGAGAAGAGAAAGAAUUACAACCUAGUGGACGCUAUAAGUAGGCACACCGUCCAAGUCUACCCCCAUUGCUGGGCGGCUGUCAUGACCACUCUGGAUAACGCUGGAAUGUGGAACCUAAGAUCGGAAAUGUGGGGAAGGGCAUACUUGGGACAACAAUUCUAUUUCUCCGUUCUUUCCCCGGAACGCUCAUUGAGAGAUGAGUACAAUCUCCCGGACAAUCAAGCUCUAUGUGGCCUAGUGAAGACCAUGAAAAAGCCACCUCCUUACACCAUUUAAGGUGUACGUUCAUUAAAAUACUUCCAAGAAAAUAUAAUAUUAAUAAUAAAAUAAUGAAGUAAUCAGUAUUGUAGAGAGGGGUGGAUGGAAUACUAGAGCAUGACUCUAAAUGGGAGUAAAAUGAAAUAAAUGAAAGAAAAAAAAAAUCAUGGUUUCUAGCUUAACA